AUAAACUGUUCUGUCUUGAUUUGGUAAUACAUGAAGGCUAACAACAAAUCAGGUAGGGAACACUUGAACCCUCUGUCGUGAACAGAUUGCAUAAGAGCUGGACAUGUGCUAGUUAAAUAGUAAUGUGAAUUCACUCUGUCUGCGAACUGAGCACGAGGACGGUAGCUAAAAAUGUCUGGGAAAGACUUUGAAUCGCUAGAGAAGGUUCUGGAGACUUAUGUACCUGAGGCUGAACUCAGAGAAGUCAGAAGACUGCUGUUCGGAAAAGAACUGAAGAAGCUGAACCUUGCCCAGAGUGCGAUAGAUGCUGCAGUGGAGCAAGAUUUUGAUCUGAAGGGUUAUGUGUUUGAGGCUUCUCCAGAACAGCUCAGACCACCCAGAACUGUCCGUGUGGGACUCAUUCAGAACAAGAUAGUCCUACCCACUGAUGCUCCUGUGCUUGAACAGAUCAUAGCUCUGCACAAGCGUGUGGGGGAGAUGGUGGAGGUGGCGGCCAUGUGUGGGGUCAAUAUCGUGUGCUUCCAGGAAGCCUGGACAAUGCCUUUUGCAUUUUGCACACGAGAGAGGGAGCCCUGGACAGAGUUUGCCGAAUCGGCCGAGGAUGGGCUUACCACGCGCUUUUGUAUUCAGCUGGCCAAAAAAUACAACAUGGUGGUGGUGUCUCCCAUUUUGGAGAGAGAUGAGAUCCACGGUGGAACAUUGUGGAACACUGCAGUGGUGGUGUCCAAUAAUGGCAAUGUUCUAGGCAAAUCACGGAAGAAUCACAUUCCCCGUGUGGGAGACUUCAACGAGUCAACAUAUUACAUGGAAGGGAACACCGGCCACACUGUAUUCCAGACACAGUUUGGAAAGAUUGCUGUUAACAUCUGCUACGGCCGACACCAUCCUCUCAACUGGUUAAUGUACAGCGUACAUGGGGCUGAGAUCAUCUUUAACCCUUCGGCCACAGUUGGAUUGCUCAGUGAACCAAUGUGGCCGAUUGAGGCCAGAAAUGCUGCCAUCGCAAACCAUUGCUUCACCUGUGCUAUCAACCGUGUGGGAACGGAGUAUUUCAAGAAUGAGUUCACAUCUGGAGAUGGAAAGAAAGCACACCGUGACUUUGGCCACUUUUAUGGCUCCAGCUAUGUAGCUGCACCUGACGGCAGCAGAUCCCCAGGAUUAUCCAGAACCCGUGAUGGCCUGCUGGUGACAGAGAUGGACUUGAACCUAAAUCGCCAAGUUGCAGACAAAUGGAAUUUCAAGAUGACUGGGAGGUAUGAAAUGUAUGCAGAGGAGCUCAAAAAAGCCGUCCAGCAUGACUUCAAACCCAACAUUGUUAAGGAGUGAGUUUAUCAGGAAAACACGAGUGCCAAAAGCCCUUGAGAGGAACCGCACUUUCAGCUGAAAGCCAUGCUUGGCAGAUGCAGGAGAACCACAUUAUGUAUUAGGGAUAAGUUCUUGAACCUCUACUUGAAUUUCACAAAAUAACUCAUAUAAUUUAUAAUCACUUCAUUUUUCAUUGUUGGGUGUAACUAAUUACUGAGUAAUUAGUUACUGUAAUUUAAUUAUGUUUCCCUUGAAAAAGUAAAGUAAGGGAUUACUCUUUUUUUCUGUAAUUUAAUUACAGUUACUUAUGUAAUUGAACUUAAUACGGUGUACUAUAGAACAUUUAUAAACAAUACAAUAGUGGAUUUAACAUCAAAAUUUAAAGUCUAAAAGUCUUAAAAUACAUGCUUUUUAUGUACCCUUCUCACUUUAAAUACGUUGGCGAGUUAAUAAAAGUAUUGGUAACACUUUAGUGUCCAAUUCUCACUAUUAACUUCUUGGUUAUUAGCAUGAAUAUUACUAGGAUAUUGGCUGUUUAUUACUUAAAAAGCACAUAUUAAUGUCUUGUUCUGCAAGACCUUAUUCUAAAUCCUUAAUCCUACCAAUUUCUUAAACUUAACAACUACUUUACUAAGUAUUAAUAAGCAGUAAUUAGGAGUAUACUGAGGCAAAAGUCAUAGUUAAUAAUUAGUUAAUAGUGAGAAUUGGACCCUAAUCUAAAAUGCGUCAGGAUUUAUAAAGUUAUUAGUAAUAAGUAAUAAAAUACUUUUUGGAGAGAGUAAUUUGUACAGUAAUCUAAUUACAGUGUUGAAAAUGUAAUUAGUAACUAGUAAUUAAUUACUUUUUUAGAGUAACUUACCCAACACUGCCAUUUUUAAGGUCAAUAAUGUAAGGAUGCAUUUGAAUAAAAUACAAAUCCAACUUUUAUUCAUUUUUUAAAUGCAACUCUACAUUUCAUAAAAAUAAAGUUUGCCAUGUCAACAUUCCUUAUGUUCUUCAAAAAAAGAGAAAAAAGCACAAGCUGAUGUAGUUGGACACCUGAUGUCUUAAAAAUCAAAGAAAAAAAAAAACAACAACAAAUUAACAUUUAACCUGAAUGAUCAAAGAUUAAAUAACAAUUAUGGCUGGUGGAAUAACAGUGCAAGCAUUUCAUUUGCCAGCCAUUGUGUCAAAACCAUCGACAAUUGAACCACUGAGCAGGCGUAGUGUUUACAAGAUAGCAAACAGCAAAGCAUUCAUAACACUGUGUUCAGACCUUUUUAAACGGUGCACAACACCUGACGGUAAAACUCUUAACCCUAGUGUUCCUGUUCUCUCUCGGAGGAAUUAAUAAAGUGUAGGUACUACGAAUUACGCCAACACAAUAUAAUCAUGAGAAUUUAACAACGUAAUACAGUAAAUUACACAGAAACAGGUCUAAUACUGUACUAGUGCUAUGAGCGAGUUUAAAAUGUACUUUAUGAUCAAGGUUUUGCAGUUCAGUCGCCCACAAAGCAGCAAACACUCUCUUGCUACUCUACAUGAGGUUAUGACAGACGUCCAGGUGAUUUUGUUCUCGAGGAAACCCCUGGAGAAGUGAAUCUACACGUAUUGCACCUAUGAAACUUUUUUCCCCGACAGUGGGAUAUAAUUUAACAUGCUGGAUUUAUCAAAUCUUACCUGAGUUUUUAAAAACAGCUUUUCUCUUUUACAAUAAUUAAAACCUUUCAUUGUAUUAAUUAAGUGGCUUCCAAGAGAAAAAUAAUAAAAUCAAAAAUCAACACAA